UGCUGGCAGGCGGCAGGACCUGCACGACCGCCGCCCCGAGCCGCGGCCGCGCCAGCGGGAGUGGGAUGUUUCAUUGUCCGGAAAUGAUGGAGAAGGAGUGACUGUGGCGGCGGGGGGACAGUGGGUGUGAGUGCAGCGUGUGCGCGCCCCUCCACGGGGGAAAGGCCCGCGUGCGCGGCGGGAGAGGGGGCAGCCGCCGGAGAGACGGAGCCGCGGCGGCAGGCGCGGAGUUCCCGCGGCUGAGGCGCGGAGGAGGGCCGGGCGCCGCGGCGGAGCGGGAGGAAAUGCAGAGGGUCGCGUGUUAGUUUUGUUGGAGGGGGGUGCAGGCUAUCUGUUACUCGGUGAGAGAGCUGGCAGAUGUCCCAAGUGAGAGAACCUCUUCCUCCGGGGCCUGAAGGGCCAGAGCGAGCUCCGAGUGAAAACAGCGCUUUGAUCUCUCUCCCUCGAGAAAAAGCUGACCGAGAGAAUACUGUGGCAGGAGAUAAAGACGUAAACCAGCCUUCCAGUAACCAAAGUAUACAGCCAGAGAUACAAGACCAGUCCAUCUGGGGAAAUCGCACUGAUGGUGACCUCAUCAGAACACAACCUCAACGCUUGCCUCAGCCAAAUACUUCAGCACUGGAAAUGGGUGAGGAAGAAACUGGCAAAAUCCAAAAUGGUCACGUGGGUCUGAGUAAUGGAAGUGGAAUUCACAAUGGGAUCAAGCACAUGCCUGCAGACAACAGAAAACAUUCGGCUCCUGUUUCAGAAAAAAUGCACAGAAAAAUUCAGUCCACCUUGUCUGUCAACAGCAAUGGCAGCAAAAAGAGUAAAAUAAGCUCUGCAUUUUCUCAAAAGCCAGGUACUUCACCUGAAGACAAGAUUUCUGGAGCACCACACCUAUUUGUAAUGCAAAAUUGCUGUGUUCACUGUAUCCUGGCUUGCUUGUUCUGUGAAUUUCUCACCCUCUGUAACAUUGUUCUGGGACAAGCAUCCUGUGGCAUCUGCACAUCAGAGGCCUGCUGCUGCUGCUGUGGGGACGAGAUGGGAGAUGACUGUAACUGCCCGUGUGAUAUGGACUGUGGCAUAAUGGACGCAUGUUGUGAAUCUUCAGAUUGCUUAGAGAUCUGCAUGGAAUGCUGUGGGAUCUGCUUCCCAUCAUGAAAUAUUUAUCCCUUUUUAUUUUAUUCUCUAUAAAACUGGAGAGCUUUUCUUUAAAUACAUUUGAAGAAAGACAAGGUAAGAUUUUCACACAACCAACUGGUAUUGCACUGUUAAUUCCCUAUAUAUAAAUAUUUUUUUCUAAACCAGUCCUAAAAUCUGUAUUCUAACACAAAUUGUAUAGUUUUGUAUGUGAAACUCAAGCUACAUUCCAGCUUCCUUUUGGCUUUGCAAAUGGAAGACUUUAUUGAAACCGAAUUAUAGGGCUGUUGCCACAGGCUGCAUGAGGGUAAAAUUGCCAUUUGAAUUAAGUGACAGAUUUUAGUCAGAGAAGAGAUGACAGGGCGAAGCCUUAAGUAUUUGCCUUUACCUAGUUUAAUGUUUAAAUGCCUCCAUCCAUAACAUGCCUUUACAGGCAUUCUGAAAGCAAAAUAACUUAAUUUCAAUCUCUUUGGGUUGAAAGCAGCUUUGCUCUCUUGUUUUAAACUUAAUCCAGAAGUCAGCAACAGAAAUCUACUGUUGGUUUUGCUACAAUGGUCACGUUGGUGAUAUUUUUUUGUUUUGAAUAUCUCAGUAUUGAUACUGUGGGAAGAUUUGGCAAGCUAAAGUCAAUGUAAGUUUUACCAGAAUAACAAGGCUAGAAUAACAAGAUUUCAUUGUUAUAAAUCAAGACAGAACAGAGAACUUACAUUUUUCUUCACUACUAAUAUUACUUGAAAUGCUUCUUUUUAGAAAGAGACUUCAGAAAUCUAUGUAGACAUGAAAUAUAUCCUUAGACUAACAGACUAAUAGACUAACAGAUCUUCAAGUUUUGGCUAUUAAAAGGAAAUUAUUUAAGGUCCUUUCCAACCCUAACUAUUCUAUGAUUCUAUGAUUAUCAGAAUUUAACUCAAGAAUCUAAGCCUGACGUUAAGUGGCCCUGUUUGUUAGUAUUUGGGGCAUUAGAGCCAGUGUCACAUAACUUAGUAUUUAUUUCUUCACUGUUUGAGAAAAAUCCACAGCGGAUGGCAGAAUUUAAAUGGGGUAUAAAGACCAAAUUAAAACUGACUUGAUCAAGAAAUUCUGUCAUUGAACAUAAGAAGCAAAUGCAAAAAUGUUAUUCUCAGAUAUGUUUUAAGUGUUAUUUUAAAAUAGCUGUGUAAAAAGAAUGAAAUUUUAAAAAUGUAUGAUAUCCUUUAAAAAUAAAAGGAUUGGGAUUUAAAAUGUUUGAAAAAUACAGUUAGGAUCUAGUGGGCAACUUUUUCCCUAUAUAUGAUUAAGGUUUUCUGUGAAAUAUCUUUCUUUGUCAUUGUAAUUGCGAAAAGAAUUUGGUCCAACACAGAAUGAGGUUUAUGGCAUUCCCAGAUUUGGGGAAUAAUGGUACCAUUUUCUUGCUAGUUUCUUAUGUCCAUGUCUGCAGCUCAUCAACUUUUCAAUGUAAACCACCUACACAUCUUGAUCUCACGUACUUAAACUUUCCUAUCUACACUCCAGAUGUCCCAUUUGUAGAUUGUUGGAUCUCGUAAAUUUAGGCCUUGUUACAAGAGUCAUCGAUAGCCAAUAGCAUAUUUCUGUAGAGUGAAUUGACCAUAAAUGUCUCUUUCCGCUGUAGUGAAUUCGGUUUAUGCAAAUGUGACAAGCUAAAGAUCGCAGGACUGUGAAGCUAAGUCAACAAAUGGUCUGGUAUGAACCAAAGCUUCUGUCCCUGUGAACACUGACUAGUAGUGCCUACUACUGCAAGUUAUCUAUGAAGGUAACAUAGCCGAAUCCUCAACUAUACUAGGGAGCUGGGAGGUGUUACGUUUUGCCUUAUCAUCUGCGAUAUUGUGGUGUAUUCUCAUACAAUGCAGACUUACUUAGAGGGUUUCUUACCUGUUUUUUCAUAGUUACUACAAGAAUUGAUUCUUACCAUGGUGUUUUGGUUCAGUUUGGUUUUUUGUUAGAUUUGUUUUGUUUUUCAUAUAUUGGGCCAGAUUCAGAUCUGUGUUGCAUAAACUAAAUGCAUUUUCAUUAAUGUCAGAAUUUUCCAUUGGUUUAGCUCCAGCUGGAGAGCACAAAGAUAUCAUGGUAAUAGGCAGGCUAAUAAGGAACCAUAUAGUUAAGUUGAUAAAUUCCCUGAGCUCAGAAUCAGGCCCACAGGGCUCAAUUAUGACUCCUAAAAGUCUGAGCCUCAGUGGGAAGGGGGAAGAGGUGCCUUGGUUGAGUGGCAGUACCUGGAGGCAUUUUGCCUUUGUAAGGCAUAGUGCCUCUGGGGAAAUUGGGGGCAUCACAGUGAGCACUGGGACUUGAUGCACCUUGGAAAAAGUGUAGACAGUGCUUCGCCCCAUGUAGUUCUGUGGUUGACACCGUGGUGGUGGGGACAUGCUCUCUGGGGCUAGUCAGCAACAUAAACUGUCCUUCCUCAUGUCCUUCUGGUCAUGGAGAGAUGAAUUAUGGCUGUCCAAUUGUGCUUUUGAGGACGGGGAAGAGGACUUCCAGUCUCCUGUCCUGCCCCAAUAUCUGUGCCCUGCCAGAGCAGUUCCAGUUUUGUGCUUGGAAAACUGCACAGUCGCACCAAGCUUUUAAUGAAUACCAGAUGCUAAUAAAAAUUACUUUUACUACAGAAAGAUACAGUUAAAAAAAAAAAAAGAAAAUGCCAAUCUGUGUAGAAGUUUAUACAAUUUGCCCUGCACAAACCCCCGUUUCUACUUACAGGAACUCAGAAGGUUUUUUGAUCUAUCGAAAUUAUGAAAACCUUGGAAAUGUCUUUGCUAUUAAGCAUUUACUUCUAGAACUGUUAAAAUACAAAUAAUAAUUACAAGAACUUUGUUGAUGUGUAUAUGUGUAUGUGUACAGCCUCUCUCUCACAGACAUGUGCACACACAUAUGCAGAUAUAUUACUUCUUUUCCCACUUCAUUUGUGAAAUACUAGGAAGUGAAAAUAGUGUUGUUUAACCCUUCUAGUGAAUAGAAGUAUCAAAGUAUUACAGACAAUUGAAAAAAUUUAAAAAAUGUGUGAUUUCUUUGACAUUUAAAUGUAGUCUGCUACUGUUUGUCAUAGAGAUAUUAGCACUUUUGUAAAAUGUAUCUUUGUAGCAGAGAAUAUUAGUAUGUAGUUCAAGUAAUUCCUUUCUAUAUUUAUAUUCUUAAAUGCUGUUUUGUAAUUUUCACUCUAUAGGCAAUCUUGUAAGCACCUUGUGUAAUUAAAACAAGCAGAAUUAGAAGGAGUCAAAUGUGAAAACAUGGUUUA